AUGUCUUCUUUUCCCUGUGACUCACUCACUGUCCUCUCAAAAUGCAACGUUGUUCCUCACAAGAACUCUACUUUGGGAGAUCUCAAACUCUCUCUCUCAGACCUUAACAUGCUCCUAUCCCACUACAUCCAAAAGGGCUGUCUCUUCACCUCCCCGUCUCUACCCCCCAACACUCUCAUCCCUCAUCUCACCAACGCACUCUCUCACACGCUCUCCCUUUUUCCUCCCUUUGCUGGCCGUCUCAAAACCGAUGCUGAUGGCUACGUCUAUAUCACAUGCAACGACGCUGGCGUCGACUUCAUCCACGCCACUGCCGUCGAUAUCUCUGCCGCAGACCUCCUGUCAACGUCUGAUGUUCAUCCAACCUUCAACCAGUUCUUUCCUUUCCACCACAAAAUUAGUUACACUGCACAUUCCUCCCCCAUCAUGGCCUUUCAGGUCACGGAGCUCGUUGAUGGCGUUUUCAUCGGUUGUGCUGUCUGCCACGCCACCACUGACGGUGCCACCUUGUGGAACUUCUUUAACGCGUUCGCCGCAAUUUCUCGAGGAGAAACCUUCUCUCCCUCUAAGCUCCCAGAUUUUCGUCGGGAUUCCAUCCUCACCUCGAAGGUUGUGCUUCGACUGCCAAAAGAAAUCAAGGUAACCUUCGAUGUUGACGCGCCCUUUCGCCAGAGAAUCUUCAGUUUUAGCGGUGAAGUAAUUCAGAAGCUGAAAGCCACAGUGAACAAAGGUCGGUUAGUGUUUACGCCAAAGCACGUUGACGUGGCUGUUGAGUUGAUGGCGAAGCUAAACACCGAUACAGAACAGAAAAUAGCUACAAAAGGUGUAAGUGCUGAAACAACAGAGAUUUCUUCCUUCCAAUCGUUGUGCGCACUGAUGUGGCAGUGCGUGACGAGGGCGAGGAACAUGGAGAAGUCUAAAGUGACGACGUUUCGAACGGCAGUAAACAUUCGGCAACGCAUGAAGCCCAAGUUGGGAAAUUCUUACUUUGGAAAUGCGCUUCAGAGCAUUUCCACGUCUGCAACAGUGGGUGAUCUGGUGUCCAAGGACCUUCAAUGGUGCGCAGAGCAACUGAAUAGGAGCGUGAAGGCGUUUGAUAGCGCUACAGUGCAGCGUAACGUGGAGAAUUGGGAGCGUGAGCCCAAGUGCUAUGAGUUAGGGAACCAUGACGGCGGCACUGUGCAGAUGGGAAGCUCGCCAAGAUUUCCGAUGUAUGACAACGAUUUUGGAUGGGGCCCGCCCAUAGCCGUGCGGAGCGGCGGAGCAAACAAGUUUGACGGUAAGUUGUCGGCCUUUCCUGGGAGGACUGGCAGUGGCGCCGUCGAUGUGGAGGUGGUUCUGGCGGCUGACACAAUGGCGCGACUCGAGUCCGACCCUCAAUUCAUGCUUUACGUCUCUGCUUAG